CUCCUUUUCCAUUUUCAUUUCUGUGUUUGCUUGCACUUUCCAAAAUUCUCUGAAGCGAAACGCUCCAGCUUGAAGAAUCAGUACGCCGAAUCAACUUCACAUCAUUUUCAAGUAAAAUGGUUUCAUUAAGAGAACUUACAGAGCAACAAGGUAACCAGGGCAGAGAGGGAGAAGAGGAAGGGGUUUUGUCAGUGGAGCCUAUCACGAUGAUAGUGCCGCCUGAGUUGCAGGACUCGCUGGAAACGAUGGCACCUGAGAGAAGCGCUAGUUCAAGCGCUGAGGAUGAUGGUGGCGACCAUCCUACUGCGUCGUCUAGCAGCUCGUCUACUAAAGAGACACUCAACCAUGAAGAAGGGAUGAGGGAUGUGGUGAGCAGUGUCUCAGAUCGGCUGGUGGUUGGGGAAUGGGAAGGCAUGACAAUCCCGGGCAGGUUGAGUAACCUACGAAAAGCACCGAAGGACCUGCCCGCUGGAUUCAGGUUCAAGGCUGCACUUCAUCACGAAGUAGCAGAUUGUGCGCCCUCCAUAAGUGGGGCGUGCACAGUGUCGCAAACGGGCUGGAUCCCCGUAUACGUGGACCACUUUGACGCCGACCUGCGGUUUCCCCUGCCCGGCCUGAUAUUCGAUCUGCUCGCGGACUACGAGCUGGCGCUAACGCAGCUAACGCCCAAUAGCAUAAGGUUCAUCAUAGGCUUCAUGCUGUUGUGUGCGAGAUUAGAGGUACUAGCUAAAGCGAUAGUGUUCAGGUCGCUAUUCCAGUGCCGGUUGUGUCCGAACUCAAGAGGAGCGAAGUGGUACUACCUCUCUGGGAGGGAUAAGAGCCAGCUCUUCAAAAAUGUGAGGAACAAGGUGGCGAGGUGGAAGAGACAGUUUAUUUUUGUUCGCGACACACGAGCAGAAAGGAUAAGCAACGACCUCGUUGCUCGGCUGUCUGAGUGGCGCACCCCCAACGCUCAUAUCAACUAUCCUCAGCUACUGCCUCGGGAUGUCGAUCUGAAGAACCAGCUGCUUGAGUAUGCGCAGAGGGAGGGUCUAAUAGAUCUAGAAGCCCUGGUUACCUCGGAGCAUCUCGCCGUGUUCGGGUUUGUCGAUGUGACAAACCUGUUCAGCGAAGGCGAAAUGAGCAGCAUCUUGGAACGCCAGCGUCAACAAGCCCAGAGUUUGCGAGGCCGUGGGGCGAGCAGCACCUCGCAGAGGCAAACGCGGUUCGACGAGCGGCCGCCUGCAGCGCCUCAAUCACGCAGCUCAUCCCAUCGAGGGUCCAGCUCGGCUUCUAGGCCGCAGGCUGAGCAUAGGGUUGAGGCGGCAGCUCCCAGUGCCCGUAGGCGUGCGCACGAGGAGACGGAGAGCGAGGAAGAUGAGGUCCCCCUUGCUCGGCGCAAAAUAAGCGGGGGGACUCAGCCCGCGCAGGCGGCCCGUCCCACAACCGUGCGUUCACCCACUCGACCGCCAGCGACUGCGCGGGCAGCAGUAAAGCCCGCCUCUGCCUCGGCUUCAACAUCGGGCCCCAGGAUCGCAUAUCCUGAGGGCUUCACCUAUGUGCGGGCGGAGUGUCAGCCCGCCAUGGUGCAAGCCAUGCACAACUUUGUGCCCCAGUCGGAUAGUCGGCGGGCUAAGGCUUUUGUGCAGCAGCAUGGCGGCCAGGUCGCCAUGAUCAAAUUGAUGGAUGCAUUCAGCUACGCUGUAGCGCUUUACGAGAGCGAGCAGGCAGCUCGUACGCAGAACAGCGAGUUCGGUUCAAAAUGCAAACAACUGGUUGCUGAGAAGGCUAGCCUUGUGGACAAUGUGAAUCGUCUGCAAGGCUCAGAAAUGGCGAACCAGGCAGCGGCUGCAGAGAGCCGAGCAGAUGAGCUCGCCACUAGAAACAACGAGCUCAAGAAGGAGUUGGAGCGCGCCCGUGUUGAGAAAGAGAGCGGGAUCCAGGCAGCUAAGGAGGAAGCCGCCCGGGUUGAAGAAUGGGCCAAGAAGGCUGAGGCGGACAGGGACCUUGCUCAGCACGAGCUGAGCUCCCUUAGGCAUCAGGUCGCCGAAGCCGAUCGGAACCUUACUGCUGCCGGGGAGGCGCUGAACGAGCUGAAGACUUCCCAUGCACGCGCUGUCGGUAUCGCCCGAGCUCAAGGCGUGGAAUGGUUGGUGGGUUCGGCUGCGUUUCAGGACGCCGUGGCGGUGGCGUCUGCAAAUGUAACCACGGAAAUCUACAACGAGAUUCGUGGGAAGUUGCUCAUUGCUGAGAUCGUCAUGCCAGCCUACUCGAUCAGAUGGCAAUCCCACCUCCAUUGGGAUGACGGCCUCAGCUCCAUAGGCCAGGCUAAAUGGGGUUUCACCCGUGGUCGAGCUGGGUGUAGUACGACAAGACCAGAGCGCUUUAUUGAGCUCGUCGACCCAAUUAGAAUGUGCAGCUAAAACACGUGUCUUGAGGCCUCGCAAGACGAUUUU